AUGCAAAAUAAGAAAAACGAUCUUGCCUUUCAAAAAUAGCAUUCAUUACCAAAUUUUAAUCCCAAAUAGUUUCAAUAGGAGGAAAUUGAUUUAGAAAAUUUAAUCAUGCAAGCAAAAAAAGCAAACAAUACUCUGUUUAUAAAAGAAUACCCCUUGAAUUAAGCUAAAGCUCUCUAUUACAUUGUACGAAUUAAAUUAAAGGGGAAAGAUGAACAAAAGUUCUUUGAAACAAAUCCAGACUUAUUAUUUAUAUUAAGAAGAGGACUCACGAUUUUAAAUCUUAAUAAUAGUUACACAAUUUUGAGAAAAGGAUUGCCAAAGUUUUACGAUUUAGGUGACUUUUGGAAAGCUAAGGAGUAAUAAUAAUAAAAUUAGUUUUUAUUUACCAACUAAUUACGUAAUGCUUAUUAAUCAUUGAAACUAAGUAUUCCUGUAACUAUUGUUUAAUAACAAUAAGAAAAUGGAGAAAAUUUCCAAAUAUCCUUUUCUUCUAUUUUAUAAACUUGGGUUAUUUCAUCAAAAAAUGUCUCUAUAUUUUGUAAAAACAAUGAUGAGUACUUGGUUAAUUGUCCUAAUAAAGAUAUUGAUUGUCCAGAAAGAUUACCUUGGUAGAUUGCUGAAAUUUGGUUUUCUGAAAUGAGUGAAAGGAAUGUAGAAUAAUUGCAAAAGGAUUUAACUGAUUUCACAUUAGUUGGAGAAUUCGUUAAUAACCCUUAUUUUGUACAUAUUAUCGAAUAUCAACAACCUGCCCUUAAGUUUUUUGCAUUAAUAAAUAAUCAUCAAAGAAACUUCUGUUGUCAUACUAUCCAAGCAGAACAUCUAGCCAAUAAACAUAAUCUCCAAUUUGUUAAAACCAAAUAUAUGCAAGCAAAUAACAAUAUAAUUUUGGAUAAACAUUUAUAAAGAAUUUAUGACAAUAUCAAACAAAGUCCUUUGUCGAUAUCUGGCGAGGGAGUGGUUUUGUAUUUGUUUAAUGAAUUUGAAUGUUUGGCGAUUAGCAAAAUAAAAACUAUAGAAUAUGAAUAGCAUAAAUUAUUUAGAUCAAAAUUGACCACAUUAACUAAGUAAUGUUAAGAAACUCAAUUGAGUUAUGCUGAUGCUUACUAAUAAGAAGCAAACGAUUUGAACUAAUAUGAUGACAGAGAUAUAACUAGAGCGAUUGAAAUGAAUACUUAUAUAUUGCUGAGUUUGUAAUAUUAUCUAAUAAAGGUGAAGUAGAAGGAUCUUUAUUAUUAAGAAUAAUUGUUUAAAAUGUGUUCUAAAUAUUAUAUGUAGUUUUAUAAUCAAAUAGUUGAAUUAACAAAAACAUAUAAUGUGAAAAAUUAUGAAUAGGACAAUAUUUUUAAAUACUUUGACUAAUUAUACUAAUAUCCUUUGGCGUUUAAAAAAUAAGAGAUGUAACAAAAAUAAGAAAUUUAAAUUGAUGAGUUUGAAUGA